AUGAGAGUCCAAUUGCUUCAGGUUGCCCUGUUAUUUACGGCCGCCUAUGGCCAGAUCAGUUCUCAGAUCACAACAUAUGAUCUGAGUUUCGAUGGUGCAGCUCCCGUGAGUCUGCUUUGGGGCUUAGGCAGCGAGUCAACUUCAACUUAUAAUUUUUAUCUCUGUGCCGGUGACGAGACGACAGGUUCAUAUGAUACUCUAUCGCAAGUCAUCAGCAAUGGUGCCUAUUCUCCUGGUGACAUGGUGUCAUUUCAAGUCGACCAAAGUGUCGGUGGAAAUGAACCCAAUGCAUACUUCCUCAGGAUAGUUCUAUCAGGCCCUCAUAGUGACUGGUCUGGGGUCACCUCCCAUUUCACUUUGACCAACAUGAAAGGUAGCUUCUCGACCAAAGUAACAGAUGCGAUCAAGACAAUGCAGCCAAUUCCCGCCAUUACUAUGCCUUGGCCUACGGUCGAAGACGAUGAUCGUCUCAUCGAGGCCUCGGAAACCACUUCAACUUUUAAUGUAUCAGGUCUCGCGGAAAGCGCUUCAAUCGAAGUGGCCUUGCAGUUCCCGACCCCAACCGUCAAAGGCGAAGCCGAGCACAAUGAGCUGCGCAAACGACAGGUGGCUGCUGCUGCCGGCGUUGGCGUUGGUGUCGCUGCUGCAGUUGACCAACAUACUGUCCCAUAUGGUGAGCAGACUGGCUCGAUCAAAUAUGCCCCAAUGCCCAAGAGCGCUGGGACUACUAUCGCAACCAGAUCGGCCACUCCUCAAUAUCCACCUUUCCCCUUCUCAAUUGCGACCAGCUACCUAGGUGCACCAACCGUACAGUACACGGAUACGGCUUUCGCGACAUGGACAGCGAACACCAUCGAGAACACGGCUGCACCCGCUCCUGCACCCACAUUAGACAAGAGAAUGCAGAACUGGUUGGACCGUUGGAAUGAUUGA